GCGACAGUGGAGAGGAAAAACUCCCUUUUAACAGGAAGUGUCUCUGAGCUGCAAAGGAAGGAAGUAAACCAGAGAAGGUGUGAUGUGCUCACUUUUACACCACACUCUCUGGUCAACUUGUCAUUAAUAUGCAAAGAUCCAACUGUAGUUUUUGUUGUUCUUAGUUCUGAUUAUUCCAUGCUGCGAACCACAGACAAAUGUGCAGAAAAACCUUCACCUCCAACCGCAUCUCUUUAGAAGGUUAUCCAAGUGUGAAAAGUAAGAGAUUUCUGCUGGGGGUGGAUGAUAUGGGCUUAUCAUUUUAAGGAUAUUUUGUGGUUCUACUGUGAGAACAAGUAAAACAAUGUAGAACUUCAUAAUUUGUAAAAAAUUCCAACCCAUAAAUUAAAUGUCUUAUUUUUUGUGAUAAAUCUGCACAAAAUAGUCUAAGUUGGUGAAGAAAAAUGAGAAAAAUGUAUAGAAAAACGAAACAACUAGAAAUCUUCAUGUGCAUAUGUUUUUCACCCAUUGGCCCCUAAAAAGUUCUGGUGCAACCUUCAAAAGUGGAAUUAAUGGAAUGAAGUCCACCUGCGUGAAUCUAAGAGCCACAUGCUCUGUCGGUAUAAACACAGCUUCUCUGAAAGACACCAGAGGCUGCAGCACCACUAAGCAGGAGGCAUCACGCCAUGAAGACCAGGGAGCUCCAAACAAGUCAGGGACAAAGUUGUUGAGAAGUACAAGUCAGGGUGGGGUUGUAAAAAUAUCCAGAUCUUUGAUUUUCCCCUGGAGCUCCAAUAAAUCCAUCAUCUUCAGAUGAAAAGCACAUGGUACCACAACAAACCUGCCAAGAGAGGGUGGUCCACCAGAACUCACUGACCAGGCAAGGAGGCCAUUAAUCAGAGAGGCAGCACAUAGACCAGAGGUACCCCCUGGAGGAGCUGCAGAGUUACACAGCAGAGACUGGAGUAUCUGUCUAUAGGACCACAAUAAUCCUCCAUAGAGCUGGGCUUUAUGGAAGAGUGGCCAUAAAAAACCAUUACCUUGUGUUCAAAAUAAGAUGUUCUGAGUUUGCUAAAAGUACUAAAAGUAAAAGUAACUUGCUGCAGAAGGAGGUUCUGUAGUAAGAAAUAAUUCAAAUCUAGUACUGACUUUAGGGGGGGUGAGCAGUUAUGCACGCUGAAGUUUCCUGUUACUUUGUCCUAUUUGUUAUUUGCUUCACAAUAAAAAAUUAUACAGCCUGAAAGUUCUAGAAAUGUUCUGUAAAUAAAACGGUCCAAACAUCUAUUUUAGUUCCAUGUUGGGAGGCAACAAAACAUGAAAAAUACCGGGGGGGGGGUGAAUACUUUUGUAAGCCACUGUAAAGCCUGAAGCCUGGCGGAACACCACCGACUCUUCCUGGUCUCAGAGACUCUGUCGUCUUUCUCCAUCGACUCCCUCCCUGUAUGUUAAUCAUGCUUCUCUGCUCACUCAUAGAAGCCUGGAGCUCCGCGGUUUUUUCUGGGGCUCUUUGGAGAAGAAGACCCAGCAACUGCCUGUUUUUUUUAUCUAUUCCUGUUUUUCCACAAACACUCGCUGCUGGGAGUUAUUGUUUGGUGAUUGGCUUUUAAUUAAUUUAAUUUUAAUAUAGGUUUGUGGUUAAUGACUGAGGAGAUAUUAAAAUGAACCCUGCUCCACUGGCUCCAAUCCUUUCAUAUAUAUAUAUAGCUUGAUUGGGAUUAUUGCCCAGAUCGUGUAUGUAGAACCCCUGGAGAUGGAUAAGUGGGUGUCAACUACCGGGCCUUGCAGAACUUGCUCAUUAAUCGUAGCGCUCACAUAGGGUCAAGGUUUGCAGCUUGGUUUAGCACUAGGAAACAAACAUUUCUCAAGAGGGACAUUGUGGUUCUGGUAGUUUUAUCUGAGCUGCAUCUGAAGCAUGAGGUUCUGUAACCAUCUGUCUAUAAUUAGAUAUCAGGGAGUUUCCUCAUGUGGACCUCCUAACACAGGAUGGCACUGGUGUUCUGGAGAUUCCCAGUUCUGACCUGCUUAGUGCAGGAAACUCUGAGAGCAGGAGUCACUCUGAUGCUGCUGCUUUGACUGCACUCAUCCAUCCUCUUGCUGCUAUGAAUUUCUGGGUUAUGAACUUUAUUUCUGCUGUUCUGUUGACUGCCGCUGCAGCAGAAAACUCUCAGCAAUUUGAGAAAAGGAAGCCUGGGGAGAACGUCGCCCUCAACUUCGGAGUUGGACAGCUCAAACUGACUGAUUGGAUCGUUUGGUCUCGUGGUUCAAAACAGGAUGUCCUCGCUCAUUAUUCUGAUGGAGACUUAUUCAGAGCAUCCGAGAGGUUCCAGCUCGAUACAGAUACCGGGUCCCUCACCAUUCGAAACCUCUCUGUUAAUGACACCGGGAGCUACCAGGGGCAGAUCAUCAACGGCAACAUGACUCGGAGAAAUGUUACCCUGACUGUUGAAGAGAUCAUCUCCAGCCCAGUUACAGCUGAAACAUCACCAGGCAGGACUCACUGGGUCGUUGCCGUUCCUCUGUCUGUGUUGGUUCUGCUCAGCGUUGGGCUGCUCUGCAUCAGAAGGAAGGAGACAUUUUCUGGUCCAGAAAAUGUCUGAUCCAGAACUUCUUAUGUUCUGGUAUGGAGACAAACCUGUGGACAGAUGCUGCUGAUGAAGAUAAUCGACUCGUCUCCUCAAACCUCUGUCUAUAUGUUGCACAUUUCAGUGAAGCUGUUGGAGCACAAGGAUAGAAAAACAGUUUAAAAGCCAACAAUUCAAAGGUCUGAGAGACGAUAUUCAGUCUUCAGAUGUUGUUUUUACUGUUAUUUAAAUAUUUAAAGAUAAAUUAUGACCUUAUUUAACCAAAGACUGCAUAAAGUAAAACAUGAGUGAGGUUUUGUUUGAGAAUCUGGGAGAUUAAACCCUGAUCAGUUGUUUUAGUUCCUGUAGUCGAGCUGAGAGCAAACACUGACCCCAGGAGACGAUUUAAAUCUGACCCAGAGAGCUUUGCUUGGCUGUAUUUAACCUGCUCUAAUCUGGAACAUACUGCCAGAACCUAACCUUCAAAACCUGGUUCACAUCGUUCUGAGCAUCAUUCGGAGUUAAUAGACAGCUUAUAGAAAAUCUUACACAAUUAAAUCUGCAAUAUUUUGAAUGUCUGCAGCUCCAGCAUGGUUCUUUUCCAAGUCCCCCAGACCUGAAAUAUUUACCUGUUAUCAUUGUUUCUGUGCAGCUUUGUAAAUACUUUUAAUGCAUAUUUUGAUUAAACCUAUUUUGAAACAUUGUGAACUUUGCCGUUUUCUUUUAAAUGCAAUCAUAUAACUUACAAACAUGUCUUAUAAGGUCAUUCAAAGCGCUUUUACAACUAGUGAUGCAGUGAUGUGUUUACACCUCUGAUGCCAUAGUCUUCCUCUCUGCAACCAUUAAGCUGCACUGUGAGCCGAGUCCAUCGUGCACAACCAGCUGAAGCGUGUACACCAAGCAGCCUAUGCUUGGAAUCCAUAUAUCAUUCAUUGUUUGCUGUAUUUCUUGCAAUAAACUUACAGUAAAAUGACUUGUUGGCUACAUGUGUUGUUUUCCCGCCUGUCCAGCGUCUCUUUGGACGCCUUCUCAUAUGUUCUGCAGUUUUAAUCCAUGAAUCUGCGCAGACCAAACCGUGCUGACCCAGUCAGGCAGACUCAUACAUCUGUAGAAAAGCCUGAACCCGGAACAUCAGAGCCCAGGGGUUGGGACAGCGACCCCAACUUUCUCUAGAAAACUGGUUCUGAUAGAAGCGCUGGUUCUGAACGCAGUGUUAGUGGACACCGGUAUUUCAACCAUAUAUUAAAGACAUGUUUGUAUCACAUAGUUCUGAUCAAUGCAUGCUUGUAAGUGCAUCCAAGCCUCAAAGUAUGAUUCCCUGCAGGUCUAUCUGGGGGUCCCAUCUGAAUACUCAGUGGCCCACCUCCAUGUCGGCAUCUGCUGACCCGACCCUAGACAUCAUGGUUCUGUUCAAUGACAGCUUAUGUCAAAGGUGAUUUCAUCAACACAUACCAGCUGAUAAUAAAACAAGUGCAAUGAUUGUUGACUCUAUGGGAGGAUUGAGCAAUAAUGAGGGACAUUUCCAACCUUUGACUGGGACUCUUGAGUUCGGAUCUCCAGUUAUUUCUUCAGCGCCCCCAGGCUCGAGUCGGACAGGAAGGUUAUUUCUGGCACCAACAGGAGGAUGGUCCUGAAAAGUGUCUUAUUGUUCAAACUGACCUCUGGUGUCUGUGUGCCAUUUGAUGUUCAUUAGUGAUGUUAAACGAGACAGAUCCUCGUCGCAGCAGCUGAAGAUAAACCUUUCUCCAUGUUAAAUCAUUUAUGCUUAGGUUCUGUGUCAUCAUAGAAAAUGGUUCUGUUUGCAUGUAGUGGACUCAAUCCAGCAGAAGCAGGAAAUUGCAAUUAUUUGAGGUCCAGAACUUCUCGUUAAAGUGUUUCAGUCUGCAGUGUUUCUGGGUCAGCAGCCCGCUGGCUGCAUGCUGGAGUUGGGUCAGUUCUAGAUGAAGGUAGAUUCAAAUAUCAAAAUCAAAUUAAAGCCAAAAAUAAGAUGUUAAAGUUUCUCAAAUCACAUUUCUAGCUCAUUAUAUCACAGUGAAACAGAACCGGUAACAUGCAGGACAACAGGGAGAACCAACAAGAAGAUGGGCUGGUGGUAAAGUUGCCUCCGCCUCCAACCGCAACACCUCCGCCUCCUCAUGCCUGCCUCAGUCACCUCAUGCUGUCAUUUUGCGCUGCUAAUGACGUUUCACUCGCUGAAGAUGGAUCUGAUGGGGUUCUGGGUGGUUCUGGACGUUCUCCUUGCUGUGGCUGCAGCAGGAGAACAUCUAACGAGGAAGGUUGGUGAAGAUGUCACCUUCAGCCUGGGAGCCAGAGUGCUCAAACAAAACGACGGCCUGACCUGGUCCUACGGACCAAAUGACACGGUUCUUUUCAACAUUUACAUUGGAGAAGAUGUUGUAACCAAACAAUCAAGCAGAUAUAAGCUGGAUCUGACAACCGGGUCUCUCACGAUUAAAGGUCUCCUUGCUAACGACACUGCGGUCUAUCGUGGACAGAUCUUCAAUGGAAACGGGACGAAUCAAUUCUUCAACCUGACGGUUGAGGAUCCAGCAGUGAGAGCGCCGGCGACCCAGUUGGACCUUGUAGCUGAUCCCAUCACAGCAGAACCUAAACACAUCCAGCCAACACCUGAACCGCAACAGAAAACAACCUGGUGGAUUAUAGCUGCUGCUCUCGUCGUUCUCUGCCUCGUCAUUGGUUUUAUAGUGAAGAAGAAGAAGAAUCCAGGCGAUCGUCAAAGCAUCAAUGGAGUGAUCUGAUUCACAACAUUCAACCUUCACUGCAUUCCUUGUUGAGAAACUUCAGCAGACCUGGUGUGACUCCUGCAGAGACAAACUUCCAGAUUAUCAUGGAUUAUUACCAGCAGGAAUGAAUGAGGCAGAAACUGAACUUGAAGCAUUUUUAGCGUCUUUUAUGCAUUUCUUUUUCAGAUGUUUUCACCGUCAGGCUUUUCUGUCACUACUGGUUAUGGUGCCUCUUCUUUAACUGCUCUCACUUAACAUGCAGCUCUAACUCAUCCCAAAGGUGUUCAGGAAGGUUGAGGUCUGGUUUCUGUGCAGGCCAGUCAGGUUUCUCCACACCCAACUUUCUACGCCUGCAGCCUUGGAAGUGACUGGAACAACAGAGUUCAUUGACUUGGUGCAGGGAAUCAGUACACAAAACCAAAUAUAUAACAUCUUUAGAGCACUUUCAGGUUCAUGAAUGCUGCAUCGUGGCGUUUCAAAAGUUCCACAAUAAUUUGACUUGGUUUUAAUUUUUUGUUAGUAGUUUAGGUGAAGGAUGAAGAUUAACAGUUUAUAACUGAUGGAGAAAGAAACAUUUGGCUGAAGCAGAUAAUUACACCUUUUGGGAUAUUUAGAAAAACUUUCUGCUCAGUCCAUCCGACUAAAGUAUAUAAAGUAAAGUAGAUUAUAUACAAUAGAAACAAAUGUGAUUGUUUUUAAUAAAAAUGUGAAGUCUGUCA